AUGAACUCUGCAAUGGACCUAGACGUGGCCGAGCGAGAUCAAUAUCAGGUUUCCGCGAACCAGGACCAAACCGGUUCUCUGUUGCUGGCCGCGGACGAGGCGCGCCGUGAGUUCCAAUGGAAUAGAGCCAGCUCGGACCGCCCUACGCCACACAUCCUGUCGACAUAUGCCGCUGUGAAUCGCCAAUGGCAGCGAAUGUUUGAGCCUGUGACAUUCAGCACGCUCAUGGUCUACGGCGACGAGUUGGACGACUUUGCCAACUGCGUGGUCGGCGAGCCUGGUUCACCAAAACACGCUCGCCUUAACUACUUGAUGCACUUGCACUUCCACUGCCGGCUCCUGCCAUACCGCAUCGACGAGUUCAACAAGGAAGAACCCAGCAAUACCAUCCGGAUCGACAACCUCCGGUUCGAGGACCAAAUUAUGGGGCUGUUUGCGGUACUGGCAAAAUGGGAUGGACCCGAGGAGAAUGCGAAGCUGCUUUUGGAGUUGAGUGCUGCCAGCUCCGGUGACACUUUUCAUAGGGUUUCAAAUUUUCGCUUGAACGAAUACUACCGCUAUGGAAGAGGAGAAGAGACUCAUCAUCGACCCAAUUGCGACAUUCCAUUACUGCCACACAGUGGAGUGCCACAGGACGUCUCUUACAGUGUCAAUGAUCCUCUGCCCACCCGCCGCAUGGCAGGCAUCUCCAAGGAUGGCUUCGGUCGACUUGGGCGGGAGUGGCAGUGGCACGCCUUUCAUACAACACAUACGCCCUCGAUCCCCAUUGUGCGUGGCCUCACAGUCAGCCUCCGGUUCCACCGUGUCAUCAGCCACACGUUCUUGACGGCCAUGAUUCUCACGAAGCUGCCGAACCUCAAAGACAUUCGCAUCGAGCAGUGGAGAUGCCUCGAUUUGAAAGGUUGGGUGCAGAGCAUGCUACAAAUGACAGAGUACAAGGCAGAAGCUGACUAG